GGUCGUUGCUGUUAAGUUACCACGAAACCGAUCUGCAUCGAGCGCCCCACUACAUUGCAUCCGUUUGACUCAUUCUUUGGUCUGAACGCUUCCGCCAAAUGGGUAGCCUUGGGUCAUCCCCGCCAGCUGAUACGUUCCAGCUCUAUGAUCUCCGUGUCGAGGUCAUAUGCCCGCCAGGGGAACGAAUACUAUGUGGAGCGAAAGAGGGCGACCACUUUGUCCUCGAAGGAGAAAUGCUUCAUCUACCUCCUGGACAAGCAUUCUCCAUUUACUCGCUCAGUGCUGUUUUGCCGCUUCUAGCAGCUAAGCAGCGAGUCACUCAUCCAAAUGAUUGGAUGAGCACGGAUGCCGAGGUUGCUUGUCCCGACCCAAAUUGCAAGUCUAGGUUGAAGAUUUUGAGGACAGGAGUUAGGACAUUCAGCCAUGCUGAAGUUACAGUUCUUCCCCUUGUACCCCAAGGCCACGACCAGUCUAGCGCUGAAUCGGCGCUGGUGGCAGCCUGAUGGAGAGACGAAGAAGUUCAAGAAACGGCAGGAUCGCGGCGCCCCUUUUUUCAGGGUUAUCAUUGAUCAAGAUUAGCUGUGGACCCUUUGCAAGUAGUUGAUAUACGCUGGAUGUGCACUGGCAGGCCUGAGGAUGUUACGGUCACGGUGACCUUGAAUAUUUGGAUUGCUACCAUGCCUAUCGCGCAUGGACUCGCGAGGCUCGUGCCGUCUCUCCAAGAAAUGUUGGAUCAACUUGGAUGCGUGGGAUAUCUCAAGCAGUACACUAAUAUUUGGUAGUCUGUUUAUUGCAGCCCUGAAACGCGUGCCUAUAAAA